GAAAAAAGGAAAAAGAAUGAGGAGCAGAUAUAAAAGCAACGCAUAAGAAAAAUGAAAAGCUUUAACCGAGCAGUAUCAGAAGUAGUUACAGCCUUACUUUCUACUACAUACCUAAGGGUGGGUGUCCUCCCUUGCUUUGUCUCGGGGAGUGUGCUGUGUGCCUCCUGUGCUGCUGCUCCUGCUGCUGCCCGCAAUAUACGCUACCUUCCUUAAGGACAACAAAGACCAAGACAGUUCCUUACUGCGCAUACGCGCCUCCCUCUCUUUCCCCUCCUAUCCUAACACCUGUUUUUCCCACUUUGAUUGUUUCUCUGCAUUUUGCUGCCUCCUUUUGUUUUUACCUCUUUGUCUUUGUUCCAUGUCCCACCAGAUGUUUUGCAGCGUCAGUCAUUUGUUAGCUUUCAGUUUACCCGUACCGCAGUGUUUCUUCGCAUCCAGUCAGCGCUUUGUCCCGCAAUGUUGCACCAAGGCACAACGAUAUCAAAAUAGUUUCUGAGCAAAUUUGAGCAAAUAUUAUGACUGCCCAAUUAUUUCAAAGGUUUUGUUUUUGCUGCUUCAAUUUGUAGAUAGAUAUUUAGCAGGCGCUGUCCUUCAAAGUGACUUGAUGUUCUGCAGUUUGGUAUAAUGGUGAUUACUUGUGGGAAUUGAACCAGCAACCUUCUGGAUUUCAAAUAAACGUGACUUAGAAACUUAAUGUAGCUCCUUUACUUACUGUUUAUAGUAUAAUACAUAAAGCUAGCACAACUAGAUUAGCUGUGCAUUUUUAUUUUGCUCGUGCAACUGUCUUUCAUGUGGAAGCAUUGUUUGUUGCUGGUGUCCGUUGUUGUGCGCUCUGUCUUGCUUUGUUGUUUGCCUUGAGAUUUUGUUCAGGGUAGCGUUGAGGUUAGUUGGUUUAUAGUUGGAAGUUUUGGUUGGGUGUUUGUUAAUAAACGGUUUGUUCUCGGUGAUGCUGUAACUGUUCGUUCGCCCUAUGUUUUUACAGAAAGAAGACAAGGUGGGUCUGCGUGAUUGUCUCUGGGAUUUUCUGCCAGCCUCAACUGCUACUGAUGCACACAUGUUUUUACUAAACACAGAUUACAUUAUUCAUUUGGUAGAAAACAUUGCAGAAUCAGUGCUAUGGUUUUUAAGCUUUAUCUUUAGACCCACACAGACAUUCAUAUUCACUGCAUGGCUAAGUAUGGUUCUUCUCAGGUUUUUGGGCUUUAGGGAUUGAGGGUGGAAGCAUUUGCUUUUUGGGAUGCUUUGCACGAGUGGAGCUCACUUGUUAGCCAGUACUGUUUUAUACCAGUAUAACUGAGGUUCAAAUGCACUGAGAUGUUGAAAAUGACACAUUAGAAAGAGCUGGAGAUGUUUGUUAAUGUGGAUCCCAGAAGGGUCUUUGAACUGAUGGGGCUGAAUGAAUCUCCUAAUAAUGUUAUAUAGUGGUUUUGACAUCAUUUGUCUUCACAUUUCACUUACUGUUUCUUCUUCAUCACUGUUCAAUUUUCUGUUUCUGUCAUCUGUUCAUGUUACCUUUGGUCUGUGGUGUCUAACCUCACUGUCAUUCAAUGUCCUCCCACAUUUCUGCUACUUCCCCUGUCCUGUCCUGUCCUGUCCUGUCCUGUUCUUUUGUUUCCUCUCUUUUCCUGUCUUGUUUUUUUACUUUGUUGUCUUGUCCUGUUCUUUUGUUUCCUUUCCAUUCCUGUCUUGUCCUUUACUUUCUUGUCUUGUCCUAUCCUUUCAUUUUUGUCCUGUUUUCCUUUAUUGUCCUGUCCUCUCCUUUCAUUCCUUUCCUGUCCUAUCUUGUCUUGUCCUUUUCUUCAUGUUCCUGUCUUGUCCUUUCCUUUCCUUUCCUUUCCUUUCCUUUCCUUUCCUGUUUUUAUCUCUUCCUCUUCCUUUUCCUGCUUAUUUGUUUCCCUUUUCUCUUCUUUUUUUAUUCCUUUUUUACCACCCCUUUCCUUUUUUAUCUUGUCUUGUCAUUCUUGUCUUUAUCUUGUCUUUCUUAUCCUGUCCUGUCCUGUCUUUUCCUUUCCUUUCCUUUUUUUCCUAUUCUGUCUUUUCCUUCCUUUCCUUUUUUCUUUUCAUCUUCCCACUAUUUUCCUUUCCAUAUUCUUCCUAUCUCUUUCCCUUUCCUUUCAUUUCCUUUUUCCCUUUCCUUCUUUUCCCUGUCCAUUGCUUCGUCUUCCUUUUCGUUCCCUUUUCCUUAUCUUCUAUCCUUUCUUACCACUCCUUUCCUAUCUUGUCUUUUCCUUUUUGUUCCUGUCUUUUCCUUUCCUUUACUGUCCUUUCCUUUCCUGUUUUGUCCUGUCCUGUCUUUUCCUUUCCUGUUUUGUCCUGUCCUGUCUUUUCCUUCCUUUCCUUUUUUCUUUUCUUCUUCCGACCAUUUUCCUUUCCUUAUUCUUCCUAUCUCUUCCACUUUCAUUUCCUCUUCCUCUUCCCUUUCUGUUCCUAUCUUACCACUUUUCUUCAAUUCUUCUUUCUUUUCUUAUUCUGCUUUUGCUCUACCCGUUUCCUUUCCUCCCCACUUCUCUUGGGUGUUCAGGAAUGUACGCCGAAGCGAGAGCCUUUGCGUGGAGCGCCGUCACUCUCGCCGUAGUGGCUCUACCCGGGCCAAGCAGUCUCGCUCCCGUAGCGACGUGGACCUGCAGUCAACUUCCACCUCCCACCCCCUCUCACCCUCCCCACAGCAUUCAGUCUCUGCGGAAGGUGGUUUGUUGACUGAUGGCCUUAGCACUGGUCCUGCUUUUGGCCCCUUCCCUCAGCAGGAAGAGAUGGAGCCCCGUCUCCUGGAGCUUGAGCAGGACCCACCCAACUGGAGGGUCCUUGCUUCAUCAGAGGAGCUAAAUAAACUGAGCAAGAAGGAAAUCAAAAGACAGGAAAUCAUCAAUGAGCUGUUUGCAACAGAGCAUGCUCAUGUCCGUAUGCUGAGUGUAUUGCAGACUGUGUUUUCUCGUCCGCUGGAGAGGGAAGAGAUUAUGACCGUGACUGAGCUGGCCACCAUCUUCCCCAGCCUUGAUGAGAUCAUAGAGAUGCACUAUGCUUUCUAUGAGAAUCUAAAAAGACUGCGGCAGGAGGAUGAGUACAUUGUCAAAAUCAUAAGCACGCCACUUCUCAACAGGUUCAGUGGAUCAGAGGGAGAAUGGUUUCAGAAGCUCACCGCACGCUUCUGUAGCUACCAGUCCUGGGCUCUAGAGCAGAUAAAGAGCAGACAGAAGAAGGAUCCCCGUUUUAAUGCUUUCAUACUGGAGGCAGAGAGUAAGCCACAGUGUCGGAGGCUACAGCUGAAGGACAUCAUUCCCAUAGAGAUGCAAAGACUAACCAAGUACCCUCUUUUGCUGGAAAACAUUGCCAAGAACACAGAUGAUGCAGUAGAAAAAGAGAACAUUAACCAAGCAGCAGAAUCGUGCCGUAAGAUCCUCAACCACGUCAAUGAAGAAGUCAAACUCAUGGAGAACCUGCUGAUUUUAAAAGACUACCAGCGCCGGCUGGACACCUCAGGACUGAAACCGAGCAAUGACCUCUACAGUGAGUACAAGAACAUUGAUCUGACCACCAGAAAGAUGCUGUUUGAAGGACCACUGACAUGGAGGGUGACCAAGGAGAAAGCGAUCGAUGUGCACUGUGUUUUGCUGUCAGACCUGCUGGUCUUGUUUCAGAAGCAGGAUGAUAAGAUGGUUUUGAAGUGUCAGAGCAAAAGCAACAUUGCCGCUCAGGAAGGCAAACAGAUGCUGAGUCCAGUCAUCAAACUAGAAUCUGUUUUCCUCAGAGAUGUGGCCACUGACCCGAAGGCCCUCUAUGUCAUCUUCACCUGGGACAGCGGCGCGCAGAUCUAUGAACUGGUUGCUCAGUCCGGCGGUGAGAAGAAAAAUUGGACAGAGGUGAUUAAGACUACGGUUGACGAGUUGAAGAAGAGGGGUGGGAAUAAGCCGCAAAGAGAAAAAGGUAGCAUACACGGCAGCAUACCUGGAACUGCAUACAGCCCUGUGCAUCCCCCUCUUAGCCCCACCGAGAAUGGAGGAGACCUGUUGAAACGCAGUGGGCGAUUUAAAGACAGUCUUACUGAUGAGAAGAGCAGAGAUAGUGAUUCACUCAUAGACUUCCUAGCAGCCAAUGGCUUUGAUCUGCUCAGCCAUAGUCACACCCCUCCGGAGAAGUUUGCUACUGAUGCUUUGGAUGAAGUCAUGUAUCUGAAGAGGCUAUUUGUCGGGAGUAUUAGCCUGUCAGAUGACUCUCAGACUCUUGGGGAAAAUGGAGGGACGGCACCUGAAAGACAGGAGGCAGAUGGAGGUCAGUCGUCAGUGGAGGAAUCCAGCACAGAAGGAGGAACUGAAGGAGAACAGACUGGGGGAGAUGGAGGAAGUAAAGGAGAAGAGGAAAGUGGGAUCAGUGCUCCUUUAGUGCUUUCUCAGGAACGCCUGGAGGAGGUGCAGAGGAGACUGCAGUCUAUUGAGGAGCAGCUGAAGAGACUGCAGGCUAUGGAGGAGGACCAUCAUAAGUUGCAAGAGGCUCUUGCUAAAUAUUCACUUCAGGGGGGCCAUUACAAUUGAUAAACAUCACAACCUGCUGUUACAAGAUCACUGUAUGUGCUGGACUCGAGACUUGCUUUCGAGGAAUUUGCUGAUUGACUAAUUCUGCCUGAAUGUUCCUGUUCUGUCUCUUCGCUCUUCUCAACUGCCUUUUCAGAAGAUUGUCAGCAGGCCUCCAUCACUUUUCAUGCCACUGAGAAACGAAAUGAAGUGUUGUGAGAUGAUAGUGAUCCUUGACCUUGAAUAAGUGCAUAUGUGUUUUUCUGUUGAGAGACUGUCUCACCAAAAGAUGCCAAAGAAAUGUGCAACACCUAGAGCGAUAGAGCGAAAUGCUACGGGUGCAUGUGAAAGCACUGUAACAUACAAACACGCGCACACACAAUGAUAAACCUAAGCAUGUCAAAACUAAAUUUAGUACCAAAAGACUAUCUAUAUUCAUAGAAAACUAGAGUUGCAUCCUUGUGAAUGCAGUCUGGUGCAUAUGAAGCCUGCUUUUCAGACUGUAGUUUAGUCAGGUUUUCAACAGAUAAUGCUCUUUCGUUUUUUUAACACAUUUCAAGAUGUUCACUCAUCCUAAUAAAUCUUACCAUACUAUAUUACAUUGUAUUUUCAAAAAUAAUAGAUAUUCAAAAGGAUAUAUGUAGAUUUUUAGUAGAGUAUUGAGCCACUGUAGCAUGCAUUGGUCAAAAUUUUGUAAACUAGGGAAUCAAAGCCUGGACUUUUUAAUUAAACCCGGUUUUUGUUGUUCUUUUGUUGCUGUGAAUGAGAAAAGAAGUGCUAAGUAGGAUAGAUCAACAGAUGGAUGAGCAAAGAAAGUAGAGAGAAGGUUUAAAGAAGGUGAGAUGUCGUCACGGUUUGAGAUUGCAGGUUUGAGGAAAUAUGCAUUUGAAUGACCAGCUUGCAGGUACAUCCACACAUCAGUGCUGUUAUAACAAGCAUGCACAAUGUAGAGCAUUCUCUAACCCUGGUGUUGCAGAUUGUACUCUGGUAGGUCAACCCAGAUCUUAUGAUAAUCAUCACACAUUGCCUAUUUGUGUGCACUAUGCAAAUUCUGUUUCUGUGGCUGUAAAAGGCAUCAGUCAUUUCAGAGAGUUCCGUUUUUUCUACCAUUAUGUUCUAUAGUACAGUUACUCUACCGUUGUAUUCUGUAAUUGCUUGUAAUUGUCAUUGUUUCUGUUUAUUUUAUUUUAGGGAGUAGUUUUCUUUAUAACCAGGACCAAAGAAAUUAUAGUGGAACAAAGUUUAGAUACAAAAACACUUUUGCCUUGCAUGGGGAGGUCAGCUGUAAAUUUAGACUUGACCAUGACAUUAUGAACUGUAAGGGUGAAGUGGAUGGAUUGGCUUAAAAUCCUAUUUAAGACGGAAGGAAUUAAGUUGGUUCAGAACUGAAUUACUGUAUGAGUAAUAGAGAAGUAUUCUGAUUUUCAUUAUCAGUCCAUGUUUUCCAUCUUAAGGGACCAGUUUUUUCUCUCCUGCUCUGCUUAUAUUAGAAAACCAGACGACAGAGAAUCAGGCACUUGCAGGGGUUUCAAAUGAUGUUAUAUCUCAGAGACAGGAACACAAACUGUAGGUUUUCUCAGCAGUACUGUAAUUAUUUUCAUGUAUUCAUGAUGCUACUGCAACAGGUUCACAGGUUUUUUUUUUAUCCUCGACCGACUUCCUAAUUAUGCAACUUAUUUACCUUAUUUGUUACAUAGUGUGAUUUUUUUUUUUUUUUUUUUUUUUUUUUAAUUCAUUUUUAAGUUGUAGCUGUGUUGAUUAUUUUGAUUUCUGCAAAGCCUUGGUUUCUUUCCCUGCUGUUUUCCCAGCUGAUUACCUUCGCAAAAUGGUUUACCAGAACAGUUUGCCAGAGGUGUUGCAUUCUGACCGGCUGUGUUGGUCCUAGUACAUCAAUCAGACCUUUUGUUCAUUUACAUAUAUAUAUUUUUUUCCUUUUAGAAGUAGAAAACAAAAAUGUUUAAAGUUUUGUAAUGAAACGAUCAUGGUGCAAGAUCUGUUCUACGUACUUCACUUUCUUGUAGUCCUUUUGCACAAUUUUUUUUUUAAUUUUUCGUUGGCGAUUGCUUGAAUGGGUGGAUUAUUCUUUUCCAUUCAUUUUCUUGGAAAAUUAUGUAAUUACCAUACUAUGCAUUGCUUAUUAUAAAGGAGGACUGACAGAGACAAAGUGCACCCUUAACCAGAACAACUAUAAAAGGCUUCACUUUUAUGGUAAGAACUGUCCACUAUUUAAAUUCGAUUAGAAAGUCUGUUUCAAAUUGAGCCUUGGAUAUUUGAUAACUGAUAAGACAGGGUUUUGGGUGUGGUGUUUUUCUCUCUCAUUCCUUAAAAUUUUCUUGUGUAUCUGUCCGUAUAUACAUAUACGUAUACAUAGUGAUAUAUCAAUGUUUAAAUGUAUUUAUAGGGUGCCUUGUGCAGAUUUAGGGUUUGUUUUUAUUUCUAAAGGGCUGUUUUAAUCCGGCUGACAGGCGAUGUUCAGUGUUAAAUAAUCUGAAAUUUUGCUCCAUACCCGCCAAAUUAUAGUAGUUCCACUCAUUUGUUGUUCUUAAAAGGCCGAGUACUUAGUACUGAGUGCUCUUUGUUAGAUCUUUUAAACCCUCUGCAAUCCAUGACUGUCUUUUAUGUAAUUCUGUGUACAGGAGUCCACUCAUUACAGGCAUUGCUGUCUGUCUAUAUAACUGAUUAUGCAAGGACUAUUCUGUGUAUUUGGGCUUUGAUUUUGUAUGUAAGAUACAUAAAAAUUUAGGUACGUUUUUUUAAUUAUUGUUUUUCGUUUUUUUAAAUAAAUGAUCAGAAAUGA